CUUGAACGAGUUUCGUUGCAACAAACAGGGUGUCUCAUACAUACAACACACAGCAGGAUAAACCAAACCACACAGGAAGUGGAGCGGCUGACGGCGCACUGACUGGGCUCAUGUAUUAACUACUGAGAGGAAGCUGCGCGCAAAGUGACUACCCGUGUGAAGGACAAGAGGAGCAGAAGCUUCGGCGAUUGUCGGUGAGUUCCGUGGGAAAUGUGAGUCAGCAGGUCCGAACAGUUGGUGUUUUUUGGAGGACGCAGCCUACAGCUGGACAUGGAUUACUGCCGCCCGCUUUCCCCGCUUUGGAUUUAGUUAAGACGCGGCGCAACUCUCCGCCCGCCCGCAGAACAGGUGGAUCCUGCUGCUUCCGAGUCCCGCUUCACCGCCCUGUGUGUCUGUCCGCAUGGGGAACCAGGUGGAGAAACUAACGCACACAAACUACGCGGAGGUGCCGACGUCCGACCCCAACGGGUUCGAUCCCGAUGGCGACGGACCCAGAAUCGGCGUCUCGUACAUUUUCUCAAACGAUGACGACGACGAUGAUCAGGAUGAGCGCGCGGAUCGAUAUUCCUCCGAGAGGGAGCAGGUGAACCACGAAGAGAAGCCCUUCGACCUCCAGGACGAGCUGGACUGCGCCAUCUACUACAGAGAGGAGUGCGUUUACGAGCGCAGCGGCGGCGCCGCGGCGCUCUCCCCGGAGAGCCUCCUGAACAGGUGCAGACCGGGGGACGUGCUGGAGUUUCUGGCCACCGGACAGUACCCGCACUGGGCUGUUUACGUCGGAGACUUCCAGGUGGUUCAUUUGCACCGCGCUGAGAUCAAGAACAACUUCCUCACCGACGUGAGUCAGGGCAAAAAGGGCAGGAUUGUGAACACUCUCUACAGGUUCCGCGCGCUCCCGCCGGAAGUGAUCGUGCGCAACGCUUUGGACCACGUUGGCACAAGAGACCGAGAACUCAGCUGGAGGAACUCUGAAUGUUUUGCCGCUUGGUGUCGCUUUGGCAAGCGGGAGUUCAAAAUCGGAGGGGAGAUAAGGAUAGGAAAACAGCCGUACAAGUUAAAACUGCAGUUCUCUGAAAAGAAGAGCCACGUCCUGGAGUUCCAAAGCUUGGAGGACGUGAUCAUGGAAAAGAGGAGGAACGACCAGGUUGGGAAAGUUGCUGUGACGCAAGAGCUGGCUAAUCAUUUAAACACCACACAUGAAAUCAAAGGAGAUUAUUUUGUCAACUGACUAAAAAGAUGCCAGUCACCUGGAAAGAAUAUUUCGGAUAUUUAAGGAGAGACUUUAUGGAAUCGUGCGCACUGAUGAGGAAGCGCUGUUCUCUUCAUAUAAGCCAGUUAAGAGCUUUGGCUGUGACACUGCCAACCAAUGCGCAUGCCCUACAGUUUGUGACUGUUUAUCCAUAGAAAAGAGAGAAAAAUCUCUAUUUGGAGAAACAGUAUGUUCAGAUGAUAGUUGCACUCUGAUGCUCCGAAAGGUUUGGAUAAAAGCAAACUUUUCAUCUACCUAUAGCAUUUUCAACCCCACAACUCAGCUGUGAUUGAUAGAUUUGCAUCAGCCUGCAUUACAGAAUAAUUCAAUUGUUCCUAAAUAUUUUUCUAUCCCAAAUGAACCUUUGCACAAAUGGAGAGGAACCCUUCCUUUCAUUUUCUGUGCCCCACUGAGACUCAGGUAUUGGAGACUAAGCCCAGAGUGGAGCAGACACAACCUGUAGCUUCUAUUGGAUUAUCACGAUGCUUUAUCUUUUGUCAUGCCACAGUUUGACCUCCGCUCAAAGCCAUGUCUGCGCACCGUUAAAUGUCCCAGCAGUUUUUACAAAAAGAUGUUUGUAUGAAGAAUUAUGGAAAUAAAUAUCUCUAUAUUUCAAGA